CGUGUUAUGUUUCCUAUAUUCAAUGAACUGUGGCUUAGCCGGAUGUCACCCCGAAUGCUGCCACUCCUGGCAGCUGUGCUUUUCCAGAAGAAAAAGAGGAAGGACACUGGACUGUAUCACUGGAGGCGUGAAAAGCACCCGUACUACAAUCUCACAGUAAAAAUCCUCCGAGCCAGAAAUAUCAAGGGUACAGAUCUGUUAUCCAAGGCAGACUGCUAUGUGGAACUGAAACUACCAGCUGCAUCUCCAGUCACUUCUCAGACUCAGGUUGUUGACAACUCCAGUGAUCCAGAGUGGAAUGAAACCUUCCAAUAUAGAAUCCACAGUGCUGUCAAGAACAUCCUGGAGUUGACCCUUUUUGACAAAGAUGUUCUGAUCAGCGAUGAGCUUACUUCUGUUGUCUUUGAUGUGGGCGGUAUAAAGCCAGGCCAGCCUUUAAAGCGUGUUUUCAAGCUAAACCCAGAGGAUAAUGAAGAGCUGGAUGUAGAGUUCUAUUUAGAAAAAUGCUCAGAUGCCCCUACUGAGAUCCUCACAAAUGGAGUCCUUGUGGCUCAUCCCUCCCUUUGUUUGAAAGGCACAAUCAACCAAGAUAAGUCAAAGCAGAAAGACCAGGGGAAUUGUCAGGUCAAGCUGUCUAUGCCUGGGGCAUAUGAGAAGCAGUUGUGCUUUCCCUUGAAACCUGAUGAUAAUCAAGAUUGUGGGAUACCAUUUGUUUUUCAUGUAGACAAAGAAAUGUGUCCAGACCUGGAGAUAGAGCUGGAACAAACCACAUCUUUCUUACAGGAUGGAAUGAGCCAUGACAUAGAAAAACAGACCACAGUUUUGGGAUCAGGGGUUGUACCAGUUAAGUCACUUCCUGUUGGACAGAAAGUAGACAUGAUUGUUCCUCUUGGAGAGGGACAGUGUUUGGAUUUCAGCACGACUUCUGAAGUGAGCCCUUGGGAUCUGGAUAUACGCCUUGGGUUUGACCUCUGUAAACAAGAGAGAGAAUUUUUGGACAAGAGGAAGAAAAUAGUUGCUGAAGCAUUGAAGACGGCCCUUAACUUAAGGGAGACCCCUGGGAAAGAUGAGGUUCCUGUUGUAGCAGUUUUGGGAUCUGGGGGUGGGACCAGAGCACUGACAUCGCUCUAUGGCAGCCUAUCAGGCCUUCAGCAGUUAGGCCUUCUGGACAGCACAACAUAUGUGUGUGGAAUUUCAGGCUCUACGUGGUGUUUGUCUACACUGUAUCAAGAUGCUGAUUGGUCCCAAAAGGAUCUUCAAGAUGCAAUCAUCAGAGCCCGGAAUAAUGUAUCAAAUAGCAAAGCUGGGGCAUUUUCUCCAGAACGACUGAAAUACUAUUUCCAGGAACUGAACUCAAUGGAGAAUGAUGGACGCAAAGUCUCUUUCACAGACUUGUGGGGCCUUAUUGUAGAGUAUUUUCUGCAGCAGAAGGAAGACCCAUCAAAGUUGUCUGAUCAACAGAAAGCAGUGGAGUUGGCUCAGAAUCCUUAUCCUAUCUAUGCAGCUAUCAAUGUGAGACCCAAUAUUAGUGGUGAUGACUUUGCAGAAUGGUGUGAGUUCACUCCAUAUGAGGUUGGAUUCCAGAAGUACGGGGCCUUUGUCCACACAGAAGACUUUGACAGUGAGUUCUUCAUGGGCCAGCUAAUCCAGAAACGUCCAGAGCCCAGGAUUUGCUAUCUACAGGGAAUGUGGGGAAGUGCCUUUGCUGCAAGCCUAGAUGAUAUUUGUCUGAAAGUAGUUGGCAUGGGCCUUAGCUUUCUAGAGCCUCUAAAAGAUGUCAUCAAAGUCAUAGAUGACUGCCGAAGAUCCCAUUUUCGGGACCCAACACGGUUAAAGACUCGUCUAGUUAUACCAGGGGGACCCUUGCUACAAAUUUUUCAGGAUUUCUUCAAGUCCCGUUUCACCAGUGGUGAAACCUUCAACUUCAUGCAAGGGCUGUAUCUUCACAGGGAUUAUGUCAACAUCAAGAAGUUUGUGGCCUGGAAAGGCACUCAUCUGGACGCCUUCCCCAACCAGCUGACUCCCAUGGAAGACAGCCUGUAUUUGGUAGAUGGUGGCUUUUCUAUAAACUCUCCCUUCCCAUUGGUGCUCCAGUCAGAGCGUGAUGUAGAUGUUAUUGUCUCAUUCAACUAUUCCUGGGAAGCUCCAUUUGAGGUCUUGAAUUUGACUCAGAAAUACUGUGAAGAACGGGAAAUCCCCUUUCCAAAAAUCAUCUUGAGCAAGGAAGAUGAAAAGAAGCCAAAGGAGUGUUAUAUGUUUAUGGAUGAUGAGGACCCAAAGGCUCCUAUAGUGCUUCACUUUCCAUUGGUGAAUGACACGUUCCGGAAAUACAAAGCACCAGGAAUAGAACGGGAGUCAGAAGAUGAGAGAUCCUUUGGUGACUUUGUCAUUGAGAAUAAAGACUCUCCCUAUCGUACACUAAACUUUACCUUUGAGCCAUAUGAUUUUGAUAGGCUGGUGGGAGUGAACUGCUACAACGUUCUGAAUAACAAGGACACACUCUUCAAAGCCCUCCAUUUGGCUCUGCACAGGAGGAAGUUAAAGAAGGGCAUCAGGACCUAA